UUUGUCAUUUGACAGCAAUAGAAAGAAAACAGAAGAAGAAAACGAAAAAGAUCACACAACAAAGCAGUUUUUCUUUCAUAUUAUUUUAGUUUUUUUCUAAUUUUCCUUAAUUUUUCCUCCAAAAAAAUUCUAAACAUUUCAAAAAAACAAAUUUGGUGCCUUAGUUAUUCGUUGAAAACAAUAAACACAAGUUUUUAAACAAAAAGCUUAAAAAAGAGAUACAAAAGUGCAACAAACAACAAUUUUAAUAAUGGAGUCUCAAAGUGGCUGAUGAUGCCGUCAUCAUUAUUAUCAUAUUUUUGCCAAUUGUCUAUUUAAAACCUCACAAUUAUAUACACAUAUAUACAAAUACUGUAAAUAAAUUGUACUUGCAACGCUUGCAACCAAACUAACCAACUGCCUUGACAAUAACAAAAACAACCACAAAAGUAUACGCAAUUAUUUGUAUUAUUAUUAUUGUUUCAAUAGAAUUGUUUUAUUAAUUACCAAUCAAUGUCUUUGCGCGCUAAAAAGCGCGAGAAUCAAUUACCCCCACCUGGUGUAAACAAUUUAAAUUCAAGAACUACGCUCUAAAAAUUAACACCAAAAAACAGUAACAAAGGUGCUGCAUUGCAACAUCAACAGCAACAACAAUCAACUAGUGGCAUUAGUUGUUUAACAGGCGAUGGUGGUGCUGGUGGGGGUUUUAUACAAAGUACAAAUUGCCAACAAUUUAAUUUAUCAGCAAAUCAUAUUAAACAGCAACAUCAACUGCUGGGCAGAUUAACAAAAUCGAAUCCGGAAUUUGGUAAACCUUCGGAAACGCUUAAACGUUUAGAGGCAGCUCGUUUGGUAAGAACAAAAUCGGAAGGUGAUGUUAAUAAGCUGUUGAGCAGCAUACACCAAACAAAACAAGGUGCUUUACUAAAUGCUAAAUCAGAAGUUUGUCUAAAAACCAUAUCUACACAUAGUUAUCAAGCUCCUGUUAACAACAACAACAAUACACUAACACAAUCUUUAAUAACGCCCCGUAAUUCACAAAAAGUAACACAAAAAACCAUGCUAACUGGAGCCCGUUCUCAUCGUGACCUAAGCCAAUCGGCUUAUGUCUCUUCACCCCACAACAUAGAGGUGGUCAGCAAUUGUGGUUUGCCUGCAGCACGUCGUCGCAUGAGUGAAGGUAACAGCUAUAUAAGGUCGCAAAGAACAAAUUCAAUGUCGACCAGUGAAAUGACCACUUCCUCAAAUGCUGCCUCCUCUUCGCUGGGUCAUUCGGUGCCGCCCGUCGACCCCAACAGUAUAUUGCGCAUACCCAUCAUUGGCUAUGAGGUAAUGGAGGAGAGAGCUCGUUUCACGGUCUAUAAAUUACGUGUGGAAAAUCCUCAUACAAAUGACUGUUGGUUGGUGUUGAGACGUUACACUGAUUUCGUACGUUUAAAUACAAAAUUAAAACAAUCAUUUCCUCAUCUUGUCUUGAAUUUGCCACGCAAAAAAAUAUUUGGCGAUAAUUUUAAUGCAGUCUUCUUAGAUAAUCGCAUACAGGGUUUGCAAAUGUUUGUAAAUUCCAUAAUGAGUAAAGAGGAAUUGAGGAAAUGUCAGCUAGUGCGGGAAUUUUUCUGUUUAGAUGAACCACCCUCCUAUUCGGAAUCAAUGGAAGAAUGUCGGGCAAUUUUCGAGGCUCAAGAAGAAACUAUAGCACAUUUAAAGUUACAAGUCAAUACCAAGAAUGAUUUGAUAUUACAACUACAACAAAAAUUGCGCGAAGAAAUGCAAGAAAACGAACAACUCAAAGAAAUGCUUAAAAAUCUCAAUAUAAAUCCCACAAACGGUAACAUUUAAAAACACAUUUUUUUUUAAACAAAUGGAUGCUAUAAUUAAACAUAGAAUCCCUCCUUUAUUUCUAUUUUUUAACGAUAAAGGUUUAUUUUAAAUUAGUUUAGGUUCUUUAAUAAA